AUGGACUCACUGGCUAGCUUUCAGAGUGAUUCAGACUAUGAUUAUAUCCCCGAAGAAUACACAGCAACAACACCGUACUACUACUACGACUCCAGUACGGGAGCUACGACUGAACCGUGCAAGACUGGAGGCUGGGAGUCCUUCGGUCAGGUGUUCCUGCCCACCCUCUACAGCCUUGUGUUUGUGACCGGGUUGCUGGGCAACGGCCUGGUGGUCUGUGUCCUGCUGUGGUUCCGUCGCAGGUGCAACCUGACAGACGUGUGUCUGUUGAACCUGGCUCUGUCUGACCUGCUGUUCGUGCUGUCUCUGCCUCUCUGGGCCACGUACGCCGCCAAGGGCUCCUGGCCUUGGAACAUCGCCAUGUGCCGCCUCAUGACCUUACUCUACACCACCGGUUUCUAUGGCAGCAUUGGCUUCAUGGUUGCCAUGACGCUCGACCGUUACCUGCUCAUACUCCACCCCACCUUGGCUGUCACGUGGCGCACAUUUAAAAAGGGCAUGCUUGUGAUUGGAGCGGUGUGGGCUUUGAGUUUCAUGGCUUCACUGCCAAGUCUCAUGUUGGUAGAAGUGAACACCACCACUAACACAUGUGGCCUGAAGGACUCCUGGUGGCGAUCCUUUGAUUUUGUGGAGAUGAACAUCCUGGGACUGGUCCUUCCCUUGUCCGUCAUGAUGUUCUGCUAUGCACGGAUCAUACCCACGCUCAUCAGGAUGAGGACCCACAAGAAGCACAAAGCCAUCAGGCUCAUUGUCACCGUCGUUGCCACCUUCUUCCUCUUCUGGACGCCCUAUCACAUUGCCCUCUUCCUUCACAUGCUCAAGGAGCAGGGCUUCUUGCAGGGCAUGGAUUGCCACCAGAUGCACCAGCUGGAUCUGGCCAUGAAGGUGGCAGAGACCCUGGCCUUCACCCACUGCUGUCUCAACCCCAUCAUCUACGCCUUCGCUGGGGAGAAGUUCUGCAGGCUGGUGGUGAAGAUGCUGGGGAAGCGGCUGCCACUGUGCUCCACGUCCAGGCAAUACAGCACAGAGCACAGAAGCUCUGUGUUUUCACGAUCGUCAGAGAUGACCUCCAGCAGACUUAUAUAA